AUGCUAGUGAAUCAGGAACUACAUGAGAAUAGAAGGACCCACUUUUGUUUUCCAGUAGGAAGUGAGAGGAUUCCGGAGUGGUUCGAGCACCAAAGCAUAAUAUCAAUGAGAAUUUUUUUCUGGUUUCGUAACAAGAUCCCUUCCAUAGUUCUCUUCUUUUCUACUAAUUUUGUUCAUCGAUGGCGGCCACAAAUAUACCUUUUCUCUCAAGGAAUUUACCGGGGUUUCCUUUUUGUGUAUGUAUGA